AUGGUUCAUACAUCAAAACAUAAAGAAAGAUCAUUUGAAGAGACUAGUAGAGGUUCAUUAGUUCAACAUGAUGGAUCAAGAGAAGAAAGACAUAGAAUUUUAGCUAAAUCAUUUCCUCUUAAAUUAGCAAUGUGGGAUUUCGGUCAAUGUGAUAGUAAGAAAUGUACAGGUAGAAAAUUAGAAAGAUUAGGUUAUGUUAAAUCAAUCAAUUUAACAAACAAGUUUAAAGGAAUUGUAUUAACACCAUCAGGAACUCAAUCAAUUGCACCAUGUGAUAGAGAACUUGUUCAAACACUUGGCAUUUCAGUGGUUGAUUGUUCAUGGGCAAAAUUAGAUACAAUUCCAUUUGCAAAGAUGAAAGGUGGACAUGAUAGAUUAUUACCAUUUUUAAUUGCAGCAAAUCCAGUAAAUUAUGGAAAACCAUUUAAAUUGACAUGUGUAGAGGCUGUAGCAGCUUGUUUAUAUAUUACUGGCUUUGAAAAGGAAGGCCAUCAAAUUCUUGGAGGAUUCAAAUGGGGUCCAUCUUUCUACUCGGUCAACAAGGAUUUGUUUGAGAAAUACUCAAAGUGCACAGAUAGCAAAGAAGUGGUCACUGUUCAAAACGAGUUUAUCAAAAAGUGUGAAGAAGAGGCUUUACAAAGAUUAACCAACCUAAAUAUUGUAGACGAUGAAUUUGGUUUGGCUAUAAAUCCAAAUAGAAAAUUCAAUCAAAUUGAAGUUGAAGAUGAAGAAGAUGAUGAUUCUUCAGAAGAUGAUGAUGAAGAAGAUGAAGAUGAUGAAGAAGAUGAUGGGGAAGAGGAAGAAGAAGAUGAAGAAGAGGAAGAAAAUGAAGAUGAUGAUGAAGAAUCAGAAGAAGAAUCAGAAGAAGAAAUAGAUAGUGAAGAAGAAAAAAGACAAUAUAGAGAAAAGAAAGAACAACAACAACAAAAAAGAGAACAAAGAACACAACAAAAAGCAGAACAAAAACAAACAGCCAAACCAGCAGCUGCAACAAAUAGAAAAAAGUAUGGAAAAUAA